UGCACUUCAAAUUUAAGGCACCGCUCCAGGACCCAGCGAGGAGAAGGGACGGCACGGCACUCCGCAUUGCUGCCAGCCCUUCUGGGACAGCUUGCCACUACCAGGUGCCUUCAGCUUUCUGAAUGCCGGUAGGAUUGGCUUAGUCCCUACCUUUCAUCGAAAAGAUGUCCUUUAAACAAAAAGAGCAGGUAUUUUGCAUCAUGAGGGAUCAGCCUGGAUGGGGGAGGUUGGAAGGACGCGUGUUCUGGAUUUGGGAUAAAACGCAGCUUAAUUCCAGUUUGUUGCAGGUCAGGAAAGCCAGAGCAUUCCGGAAGAAAACAGAGCCGAUGGAAAAGUCUCCAGCAAGGCAAUGCAGAGAGGCCGUGGGGAAGGAGCCGGACGAUGGCAGCCUGGCACCCGUUUUGGGGGAGAGCCCCUGCCUACAGGCAUCCGCCGAACAGACCCUGGGAGCGGUGAGGAAACAUGCUGCAGGAGUGACUCACGAGCCAGGAAGGACGGAUAAAGAUCCGGGCAGUCAGCAUUUCGUCACCGAUGCUGCUUCUGACUCCUCUUCCCACAGACGAGCACAAGGGCGAGUUGAUGGAUCAGAAACCACAUGCAUGAACAUGCAGCCGUCAAUAACGUUCGGCAGCUCCAAAGUGCCCAAGGAGAAAAGGAAAACGAUUGGUUUUGUCGCACUGAGAAGAAAGCCACAAUUGGAUUUGUACGCUGAGAAACCGCGCGUCCAGCAAACCGAAGGAGUUUCCAUCUGCAGGAGGGAACUGGGGCACUCCCUCUCCAACAGCAUUUUAGCAGAAAACAAACCCGACGCAAGAAAGCAGUGCUGGCUUAUAAAAGAAAGAAAGAGAGCUAAUGCCUCAAUUAUACUGUACUAUGCAUAGCUAUUUUAGUCUGCAUUUUAAGACAUGUUAGACAUGUGAUAAAGCCACUGCAUAAUCCCCCAAAUAGCUGGGGGAGAAAGGAGCAGCCUGUGACCCAGGUACCCUGUACGGUACCUGCGCUGCCUCUUUCCCCUCCCGCAAACCCAAGGGCGGGAUCCGAGCAAGAAUCACAGCCUUAAGGAAAAAAAAACCACCAACCAAAAAAACCCCAACCCCACUCAACCCAGAAAAAAACACCGCACAAAACAAAAUAGAGCGUUUUGGCACGACAGCUUAGAGGGAAUCACAAGGGAACAGAAAUAGCUUCCAAUCUCAAAAUAUUCAAAGGAUUAGUGGGGCAGUAAAAAAAAAAAAAAGAUUUCAAUAAA